AUGGGUGCCUUUUUUGACGGCGCAGCGGAGGAAGGGAUCUCCUGGACCCUGAUCGGGGGCCUGCCUAUAGUCUACCUUCGUGAUCCGGUCCUGAUCCGGCAGCUUUUCGUCCAGAAUGCUGACUCCAUCAGCCGGUGUGGAAGCCAGACCAAAGGCCCCUUUGGCACCGGCAAGCGCAUUGUUCGCGAUGCACUGAUCACCGCCGACGGUGAGGUUGCCAGGCAGUGGCAUGCGGAUAUGCUGCGUGGCUUUCACAACCGACCGCCGCUGGAAGUGUUCCACCCGAAGCUCGUUGCGAUCGCGCGGCGCCACGUCCAAGCACUUCUGCAGGCGGGCACGGGCGACAACCUGCAGCUCUACCUCCAGAACUACGCCCUGGACACGGUGUGGUGUCUAGAGCUCGGCCUAGAAAACGCCUGGCAGUACACCGGAACCCCCGAGUGGAUGGCGCCGUUCCACCAGUACGUGCAGAUGGCCGCGAGCAUGUCCUACCCCUUGCAGCAUAUCCUCAUGAAUCUCGCCUGCGGGAAGCCCUUCGAGGCCCCCGACCCCCGCGAGAACACCCUGCACGCAACGAUCGACCGGAUCGUCCUGCAACUGCUGCAGGACCACUCCGACCUCCUCAACCCCGAAGCCCCGCCCCCGGCCGGCGAGGAGAUGAGUUUCCUGCGGCGGAUCUCCAAGGAAACGGGCGGCACGGCGGGCCAGCCCAUCACCCCGGAUGUCCUUUCGCACGCCAGGCAGAUCUUCUCGCAUGGGUUCCCGGCGCCCACGCUGCUUCUCCUGUGGACGCUGCGGGAGCUCUCGCUGCACCCCGACAUGAUGCAGAGGCUGCGUGCCGAGCUGCGACACAACCCAUGGCGCCAUCGCCCGACGCCGCAGCUUCUGUCACAGCUGCCCUACCUCGACGCGGUGGUCAACGAAGUCCUGCGGCUGUACCCGCCCAUCCCCACCACGGCCCGCGCCAUCGAUUGCGCCGUGGGCUUGAAGACCCGAUCCGGCACCGGCGUCGUGCUGCCCGUGGAUGCGCGCGCGGCCGUCUCCCUCGACAUGCUGCAUCGGGACUCGCAGGUCUGGGGCGCGGACGCCGAGGUGUUUCGGCCGGAGCGGUGGGAGGGGCUGCGCGGGCAUGUGCUCGAAGGCGAGUGCAAAUACUUGCCAUUCUUGACUGGCCCCCGACGCUGCCCGUGCAGCGGCUAUGUGAUGCAGCAGGCAAAGGUGUUGUUGGCGGUGCUGGUGCUCGAGGCCGACUUGGAGGUGACGAACGUGGCGGCCGUGCGGAAGAGGCUGGGCCCGGUUUCGGAGCCAACGGCGUCGCUGGCUUUUUCGGUGCGGGCUUUGAACUGCACGGUAGUUUAG